AUGUCGGAUUUAAUUUAUGCCUCACAUCCCUCAGUUGUACAAUGAACUAGUCCAAAGAGCCAAGAUGGCAGCGCUCAUGAGAAACGCGGCGACCAAGAUGACCACCAUACUGAGACCAUGCACCUGUAUAACAGUGUCCCAGCGAAACCACACUUUUAAGAGGGACAACAAAGAGAAGGAGAAAGUCCGGACAAAGAUCUGGGUGGACUAUGAUAUGUUGCACAAGGUGUUCAACAAGGUUGACAGAGCCCAUAUAGACAGAGUUGGGCAGGAGAGAGCUGCAGCAGAGUGGAUCACCAGGUGUGGAGGGGCGGUGAGGAUACAGGAUGUGGAGGAAUGGUUCCAUAACUACAACAACCUGGGCACUGGGCCUCUGGGCAAGUUUAUGAUAGAGGAGAUAGAUGCCAGCUGGGCUGAUGUACAGGCAGAGGGGUUUGAUCUUCUUGAUGGUCUGAAGGCUGUACGUACCAUGAAGCUGAGCAGGUGCCCGUACCUGCAGGAUGCCUGCCUGGAGAGACUUGCACCACUCAGCCACAGUCUGCACAGUCUGGAGAUCUCACACUGUGGCCAGCUGGUCACAGACAGGGGAAUACUGGCACUGCAGGACCUCAAGCUGCUGCAGAGAUUACACCUGGCUGACCUCCCAGGGGUGAAGGACCCAGAGGUCACCCUACAGACCCUCCAGUCAGCAAUCCCAUCAUGCCUCAUCACAGCCGAACUUGGGGAUACAGAAGCUCAACAAACUGUGCAGAUGACUCCCCAGUGACAUGGAAUUGAUGCCAUACUGUAGUUGGCUGUGUUUUGUAUAAUACUAGUAAUAUAUGUACAUUAUGUUUUGUGACAUGUCUUAGUGUUCUCAUAGAAGAUGUUAUUGUACUUAGAUA